CAGUUUUUUUCACAGUUCUUCUUCUUCAAUGUCAUCCAUGUCAUUGAAUCGGACUUGUGUUCCGCUUCGCGCGCUCGCCCUCGCCCUCGCCCUCGCCCUCUCGCUCGUUGCCGCCGUCGCCCUCGCCGCAGACCCCGACGAGCACCGCCCAUGCCCCGAGCUCAUCACCUCCAAGGGCUAUCCGCUCGAGACGCACAAUGUGACCACUGCGGAUGGAUACAUUCUGACGUGCUUCCGUAUUCCGGCGUCAAGGACUGGAGCCAAGCCGACUCGUGGACCCGUCAUUCUGGCUCAUGGUGUGAUGGACUCGAGCAACACCUGGGUCAUGAACAACGCUGAAGAGUCGCUGGCAUUCAUCCUCGCAGAUGCAUCGUUCGACGUCUGGCUGAUGAACGUUCGUGGCAACCUGUACGGCCUGCAAAACACCCACCUCUCCACGAACGACGCCGAGUUCUGGGACUUCACCUGGGAUGACAUGGCCAACUACGACGUGCCUGCUGUCGUCAGCUACGUGUUGAACUCGACCAAUGCGACCAAGGUCGGCUACGUUGGCCAUUCGCAAGGCACGACGCAAGCCAUGGCUGCGCUUUCGCUGCUGCAUCCAGAGCUCGCUGACAAGCUGUCCGUGUUUAUUGCCCUCUGCCCGGUGGCACACAUUGGCCACACCACCAGCCUGCUGCUCAAGGGCCUGGCUGAGCUUCACGCCGACCAGCUUGUGUCGCUUCUCGGGCUCAAGGAGUUCAUCCCGGACACCGCCACCCUGCACAAGCUCCUUCCCGCCAUUUGCAUCCCCGUCCCCUCUCUCUGCGAGGAUGGCAUCUUCCUGAUUGCUGGCUUUGACCAGGCCGAUUACAACGUCACUCGCCAACCAGUCUACAUGGCGCACUUCCCCUCCUCCACAUCCACAAAGAACAUGAUUCACUGGGCUCAAGACGUGCGCACAGACAAGUUCCAACGCUACGACUACGGCACUGCCGCGGCCAACCGCCAGCACUAUGGCACCGACACACCGCCCCAGUACAAUGUUACCAACAUUCGUGCCCCAAUGGUGGUGUUUGCCGGCGGCCACGACGCACUUGCAGACCCCACGGACGUUGCGCAGCUGAUGAAAGAGUUGCCUGCCAAUGUCCCAUACGUGUCGGUCGAAGCGUACGGCCACCUGGAUUUCGUUUGGGGUGAACACGCCAACACGACUGUCUACCAGCAGGUCAUCCAGUAUCUCCUUUCUCCCCCGCGUACUUCGGUUUAACAGCAUGUUGUUUUUGUUAAUCCGCGUUGUUUUGCAUGCGUCCUUUUCAUUACGAUGCUUUUGCUGGGCAGCAAAUACAGGCCGUUGCCAAAUUCAGGAAAACGAAACAAAAAU